AUGAGCACUCUUCGAGCCAUCAAAACUGACAAAUCCCCUGCCGCAGUAGGCCCAUACUCUCAAGCUAUAGUCGCAAACGGCUUUGUCUUUACAUCAGGUCAACUUCCUAUCAAUCCUGAAACAAAGGAUUUCGUUGGCGCCGAUGUUAAAGAACAAGUGCGUCAAACACUUCUUAAUGUGUCAAAUGUAUUGCAAGCUGCAAAUUCCUCACUUUCACGAGCAGUUAAGAUUAACGUCUAUAUAAAGGAUAUGAAUGAUUUUGCAGCUGUCAAUGAUGCUUAUGCUGAAAUUCUUGGUGACGCCCGACCUGCUCGAGCAUGUAUUGAGGCGGCUAGGUUGCCUAAAGAUUUUAAGGUUGAAAUUGAUGCAAUCGCUAUUGUGAACGAAUGA